GCUGCUCCAGUGCCCAUGGAAACUAGUUCUCUUGGUACUGGUGGAUCCAUUGAUCUCAAUUUUGGGUCCACUGGUUCUACUGGUGCUGGUGGAUCCAUCGACAUCAAUUUUGGGCCAGCUGGUGGAUCCAUUGACAUCAAUUUUGGGUCCACUAGUUCUACUGAUGAUGGUAGAUCUAUUGAUCUCAACUUUGGUUCCACCUAUUCUACUGGAGGACAAACAUCCCUGCAACAACGAGGAGGAGAUCACCAGGAGGUUCAAACUCUUCCUCUGUUCCCCGUGCACGGCGAGGACGUCUUUGGUAACCUGAAGGCUACUUCCGAGGAAGGUAGCGCUUUUGGUUACUAUUCUGGUGGCUCAGGCGGUUACCACAGUGGCUCAAACGUUUCUCUUGAGCUCAGCCUAAAUCCAUCCAGAGCUGCUGACUAG